AUGCCUCAGAGAAUCCCAGAAGCUGAGCACCUGCUCGACCUCCUCUCCCUCAAGGGCAGAGUUGUCGUCGUCACCGGUGCCUCUGGCCCCAAGGGCAUGGGUAUCGAAGCCGCCCGCGGCUGCGCUGAGAUGGGCGCCGAUCUCGCCAUCACUUACGCCUCCCGCGCCGAGGGUGGUCUCAAGAACGCAGAAGAGCUCUCCAAGCAAUACGGCAUCAAGUGCAAGGCGUACAAGUGCCAGGUCGACAAGUACGAGAGCGUCGAGCAGCUCGUCAAGGACGUCAUCCAGGACUUUGGCAAGAUUGACGCUUUCAUCGCUAACGCUGGUGCCACUGCCAACAGCGGCAUCCUCGACGGCUCCGUUGAGGACUGGAACCACGUCGUCCAGGUCGACUUGAACGGCACUUUCCACUGCGCUAAGGCCGUCGGCCACCACUUCAAGGAGAGAGGCACGGGAUCUUUCGUCAUCACUUCUUCGAUGUCGGGACACAUUGCCAACUACCCACAAGAGCAGACUUCAUACAACGUCGCCAAGGCUGGCUGCAUCCACAUGGCCCGCUCGCUCGCCAACGAGUGGCGUGACUUUGCCCGUGUCAACAGCAUCUCUCCCGGUUACAUUGACACUGGUCUCUCCGACUUCGUUGCCAAGGACAUCCAGAAGCUUUGGCACAGCAUGAUCCCAUUGGGCCGUGACGGUCUUGCGAAGGAGCUCAAGGGUGCUUACGUCUACCUUGUUUCCGACGCUUCCACCUACACCACUGGUGCUGAUAUCGUCAUUGACGGCGGCUACACCUGCAGGUAA